CCAGGAUAUCCCUUCUUACGUAAAGGGUAGUAGACGGAACAGUUGAAAGACGAUGGCUGACAAAAAAGUGAACGAAUUUUAUACACGGCCACCGACUUUAACCAAAUGGGAGGGAUUCAGAUUAUUCCUGUGGAAUCCCGAAACGAAGCAAUUCCUGGGAAGGACAGGGGCCAGUUGGGGAAAAAUUUUAUUAUUCUACCUAAUAUUCUAUGCUGUUUUAAUAGGAUUUUUUGCUGCUAUGUUAGCAGUAUUCUACCAAACAUUAGAUUCCAAAAAACCCAAAUGGGAAUUAGACAAUGGUUUAAUUGGAAAUAAUCCAGGUUUAGGAUUUCGACCAAUGCCUCCAGAAAGUAAUGUAGAAAGUACAUUAAUUUGGUAUAAAAGUAGUGAUAAGGGAAAUGUCCAUUAUUGGCAAAGUGAACUUAAGAAAUUCUUAAAGACUUACCAUAAAGAAAAUAAUCCAAACUACAAUAAUGUUGAACAAUGCAGUAUGUUUGUCAGUCCGACGCCAGGUAAAGUUUGUGAUGUUAAAAUGACUCCCCAGAAAUGGCAUCCUUGUUUAGAAGAAGCCGGAUUUGGAUUCGAAGACGAAAAAGGAGGCCCUUGUAUUUUCCUUAAACUUAACAAGAUUUACAACUGGAAUCCAGAAUACUAUAAUUCAACCAAUCUACCUGACGCCUCUAUAAUGAGUGAAUAUAUCAGAAAAGAUAUCUUAGAAGCUGAAUCCAGGAACGAGCAUCAAAUGGUUUGGGUAACUUGCGAAGGAGAAAAUCCUGCCGACAAGGAAAAUAUUGGUCCAUUACGAUAUAUACCUCAGCGAGGUUUCUCAUCUCAGUACUUCCCGUUCAAAAAUCAAGAUGGUUACCUUUCGCCACUAGUAGCUGUCCAUUUUGAAUCACCCAAACGUGGUAUAUUGAUCAACAUUGAAUGCAAGGCAUGGGCAAAAAAUAUCAUUCACGACCGCGUCGACAGAAGAGGGUCAGUCCACUUCGAACUUAUGGUGGACUAAGAACAUCAACAUUAUCAAGUAGGCCAAAUAUGGGCCCUGACAACUGCCAUCAAGUAAAAUCGCAAGGGCUCGCAUUUUUAGAAUUCAAAUUUCCGUAAAAUACAAAUAUGGUGACGGUCUAGAUAGUUUAGUUACCAGAUAUUAGUUCACGACAACCUUAGGAAUUUUAUCUUUGCCAUCACUGUUAGUUAUAUACAGUCGAUUCGGAAACAUAUAGUCGUUUAAGACAAGAAGUUGUAGUUUACUUAAAAACUAUAACUUCUCGUCCUUCAUAACAUACAGAGGUUAUUUUUCUUACUUGCGGUUUUCAGUUCUGAAAUAUCAGCUUUUCUAAGCUUAAAAAGAUCACACAUUUUAUAACUUUGGAAAACCUUGGUAUUUCUCAGGACAGUAUCUUCAAUUUCCCGACUAUAUUUUUGUGGAUCGCCAAAUUGUAUUUUAGGUCGCUUUUGGCCACCUAUCACUGACUUCCAUAGGUGUACCCAGGGUAAGCGUCAAUGGGGGUCGAAUACUUCACUUGAUUGCAAAUUUUUGUAAAGGUGACAGCCGUUUUUUGUGUCCGGAUCAUGUGUCGAAUAUAUAAUCAGGAAAGCAUUCCCUUAAGUGGUUUUAAACACCGUGGAUCCCAAAUUUCUCAAAUAUUUAAUGACCUUAUUACAACAUUUACUUGUGUUGAUACUCACACAAAAAGUGUUAAAAGCUCAAUUCUAUUCAUUAUCAAGAAAAUGCGCGCCUUUUUUGGAUGCGAAUAAAACAUAGUAUUAUAAGGUAUGGAUCGAUAGAUGCUUGAGAAGUGAUAUUACAUGUCACGAAUACCUGGGAAAUUGGCUUUAUGUUGCAAAUCUAUAGAGGUUGGGACAGAAUACAAUCGACGCAUUACAGUGAAACGUAUACAAGCAAAACAUCAGAAGCACUGUUAACAAACAACUAAAAGUUAAAUAGUUUGCACACUCUUGAGCUUCAAUUUCUUUUUAUUUAUUUAACACUGUCCUGACUUACUGUAUUGAAACAGGCAACAUUUAUUUAUUUAUUUAGCGUAUGGCUACAUCACAGGUUCAUAUAUAUACAUAUAAUAUAAAUUAUAUAAAUUACAAACAACAGUAAAUACAAAAAUAUUAUUCUACAAACAAACAUCUAGAUUAUAAAUAUAUUCGAUUGACUCUUUUGUAGCAGCCAGGAAAUCUGAAGGGUUGCCGUUAUAGGAUCUAAUCGUGCAUUCCUCUACCAUGUGUUUUACUGUUUGCCUUUCGGCGCCGCAGUCGCAAUUUGGUGAUUGUAUUUUUCCCCAUCUAAAAAGUGAGUCGGAACAUCUGCCACAGUUCGUCCUUAUUCUAUUGAGUGUGGUCCAAAUUCGUCUCGGUUGGUUGAAGCCCUCAGGUUUGCUUGUAAUACAUGGCAUGUUCCAGUUAGCUGGUGCAGCGUUAUUCUCCCAUUGUUCUCUCCACCGUUCAGUUACAUUAAAGUUUUGAUCUACUAGCCUUUUUGCUGUUUUUAGAGGCGGGUGUCUUGAACGGAGCCUAUUUAUGUCUCUGGUGGAAGUUCCGACAUGGGAGCGGAGCUCAGGAUCAGUAUUGAUUUUUGUAAAUUCUCUGACAAGGGCAUGUUCCCGGCGGAUGGGUGGUGGAGCUAUAUGACUCAAAGCUGGUAACCAGUAAGUGGGAGUGGCCUUGAUUGUGCCCGAUAUAGUUCGCAUGGCUUGGUUGAGUUGAACAUCAACACGGUGAGUAUGUGGACUGUUUAUCCAUACUGGUGCACAGUAUUCCGCUACGGGGUAUACCAGUCCUAAUGCUGUCGAUCUAAGUGUGGAUGCUGAGGAGCCCCAUGUAGUGCCGCAGAGCUUUUGCAGGAUGUUGUUACGAGUUCGGAGUUUUGCAGCAGUCUUAGUAAGAUGCUCUUUAAAGUUCAGCGUUCUGUCAAGUGUAACACCUAAGUAUUUUGGGUGUUUAUUAUAUUUAAGGAGUCUAUCCCCAAAAUUGAUUUGAGGUUGAUAGUUGGCCAUCUUGUUAUACAAGUGGAAGCAGGACACUUCUGUCUUAGUUGGAUUGGGUUGCAAUCUCCAUUUGUGGAAAUAAUUCCCUAGGGCAAUUAAAUCGUAUGUUAGAAUGCGUUCAGUGACCUCGAAUUCUUUAUGACUUGCGGCAAGCGUCCAGUCGUCUGCAUAUCCAAAUUUUUUGAUGUGGUUUCUGGCAUGUCUGCUAUGUAGAGGUUGAAAAGCAUGGGAGCCAGCACGGAUCCUUGUGGAAGUCCAUUAUUCAGUUUUCUUUGGGUACUAGUCUUGUCUCCCAAUAUAACUUUAAAGCAUCUGUUGGAUAGCAUGGCGUUAGUAACCUCAGUGGUCUUUCUGCAUGGGAUUAUUCGCAUUAAUUUAUAUAUUGUCCCUUGUCGCCACACAGUGUCAUAAGCAGCAGAUAGAUCGAUGAAGACAGCGGUUGUUUUUGAUUGCUUUUGAAAGUUUGAUUCCACAUAAUUGGUCAGGGCGAGUACCUGGUCUGUGCAGCUGCGGUUUGGCCGAAAUCCUGGCUGUUCCACUCCUAACAGGCAACAAUAUCUCAAAAAUCUAGUUCUUUCAGAUGAGAUUUAUGCAUUGAAAAAUAUACAAACACAUAAUACAAAAUAAAAAAACCCAGUCAUUAACAAUAUUAACAAUGCUGUACGAUUAUAUAUAUAUAUAUAUAUAUAUAUAUAUAUAUAUAUAUAUAUAUAUAUAUAUAUAUAUAUAUAUAUUUAAGAUCAAAAGAAUUUUGGGAUCCAUUGUGUUAUUCUUACUGUCGUUUGCCCUGAUAACGGCAGUAGAGUAUAAGGCUGUUUUACAUUUAGCUCAAUGUUAUUAUUUACAAAUUUAAAAUGUUAUGGCUCUCUGUUUAUUUAACAACGUUAUUUUCCUCGGCUAGUAUUAUUUUAAAUUGCCGUUAUGGAAAUUUUAUAUAAAAGUGUUAAAAAGUGUAUAUAUUUUCUAAAAUAAUCGAUUUGUUAACUUAUAUGAUUAAAAAAUCCUUGAGGAAAUGGGCGCUUGUUUAAUCCGCAUGCCAUUUAGUGUAACAGUUUUUGACGCAUCACAAUAAACUAUAAAAGAACAUUGUAGUGGACUACUCAAGUCUGAUGUCACACGGGAGAGGGACCUUAUAUGAUCCUGUCGAAACAAACUUUUAAUUCCGGGUACAGGUCUACAAGAGAUUUUAUUUAUUUAUUCCUUAGUGUCUUAAAAAUAAGGAGGCUAGUUAAUUUAGGUAAACGCUUAAAUAUAUCAAUUCUGUAUAACAAUCGACAGUGUACUCUCAUUUAUAAUAGAUUGAAAAAUAAGUUAAUAAUUAAAAUUAAAUAUGUCUUACAGGCUUUUAUAAAUGAUUAAUAGUCUGCUUGGUAAGGUUCAUAAACUCCAACUAGCUUGUGACACUUCACAACUUUAGUUGGUCCAUUGUUACUGAUUGUAUGAGGUAUUCGAGUAUGUUAUAUUACUUAACUUAAAGCUAAAGACAUACGUCUUUGUGUUGUGAUAGAGACGAAUGUGUUAUAUUAUUUCUGUAAAUACAAUUUCGUUGUAAUUUUAUAGCAUAUGUAUUCUUUUAUAGUAAAAGUAAGCAGUAUUCGUUUGUGCAUUGAAUAUUAAGAAAUUUAAGCGUAGAUGUCCGCAUGUACCAAUAUUUUCUAUUAAAAGUGCUUUUAGUAUGUGUCGUGAAGUAAAACUUAUAGAGAUUUAUUAUAUUGUAAUCUCUCAUUUACCCGACAAUAUGAAUACAAAAGUGUUCUUGUGACGAGGAGACACCUGCCUGUUUUGUUAAAUCAAAUAAAUAGACGAAAUUUUAACUAACAAUCUGUUUCGCUUAUUAAUAUAGAUAUUUCUCUUAAACACAUCAUUUAUACUGUAUAUUUUUAUAGAAGGGGCAGUAAAAACAGUUACAGUAAAAAGUUUAGAGUUUCGUUCAAUGAAAAUACAAUCCGUUUUCAUCCAAAUCUAAAAUGAACCCACUGUUGUCAUGUAAAAUUGGAUUAUAUUGCAGACUGACAUUUUCAUUAUUACGUCUCUCUUACAAUUGCUUCCAAUUUAAAUGUGAUUAAUUUUACCACAGUUUAACACAUUAGACAUAUGCUGUUAUUAAAACACUAUAAGUAUAUGUACUUGAAAAAUCCUAGUCCACUAUAGCUUUUAUCUAACUUGAGGUACAAAAAUUUUAACUGCAGGUUAAAUCAGCUAAAACCUAUAUAUAUAUAUAUAUAUAUAUAUAUAUAUAUAUAUAUAUCGGUUUUAGAACGUCUUUCGACGUUGUCCGAUGCCUAACUUCCACGUCCUUCUAUCAUCCCAUUGGCCGUCUCUAAGAUCUCUUGUACUCAUUGCUUUAGUUACCCCUUCUUUCCAUGUCUUUUUGGGUCUUCCUCGUUUUUUGCGGUUUGGUGGUACCCACUGCAUAAUCUUCUUGGGUAGUCUUGUGUCUUCCAUUCUUUGAACAUGACCAUACCAAAUCAACUGUUUCCUCUCAAUGUCUGUUGUUAAGUAACCAUCUAUUCCAAUUCUUCGUCUUACUUCCUCAUUUCGAACUCUUUCCCUGCGGGAUAUACCUAACGAUCUUCUAAACACAUCCAUUUCUACAGCUUCUAAUUUUUUUCUGUUGUUCUCGGUUAUUCUCCAAGUUUCUGCUCCAUAAAGUAGACUGCUUUUAAUUAGUGACUCAUAGAUGUUAUAUUUUCGCUUUAUUCCUAUUUCAGAACUCCAAAGUAUUCCAUUUAGGCAGCCAAUUGUUCUUCUAGCUAAAACCUGUUGGUGAAAUAAUAACUUUAAAGUAUUGUUAACUUGAAAUAACAGUCCCCAAAGCACAGCAGUUAGUCGACGAAUUAUUUAUACUGCUCUAAAAAAACCCUGUUAUUUGUAACAGUGAUUAUCACAAACUAUCGUAUUUUAUCACUGGUGAAAAACCGCAGAUUAUUUAUGUUUCUUAAAGAGAUUCUCUUCUUCAUGUACCAUGUCCUUUCAGAACGCUGGUUACCAUCAUAGCUAUCUUACUUUUAUUCACUGCCAUCCUAAAUAGCAUGCUGGUAUCAACACCAUACCGAUAUCGCAAGUUCUUCAACUAUGAGGUUCUUCUUCGUCCUGGACUGCGUUUGGCUGCUAUUUUUCCUUGCAUAAUAUUUUGUAGCAACCUAUAUUUGGGACAUCUCAUUACAUGUCCGAAAUACUCCAGCUUUCUCUGCUUGACGCUUUUUAUGAUCUCAGUAGUCUUGCUGAGACGUUCUAGUGUUGUGGAUUUUCGAAUUUCGUCCACCCAGGAAACUUUUAAAAUUUUUCUAUAGCACCACAUUUCGAAAGGCGGUUUAGAUCGAUUUUAUUCACAGUCCAGGACUUGACACCAUAAAGUAAGACUGAGAACACGUAACAGCGAUGUAGGCGGAUCCUCAAUGCCAAUUUUAGGUCUCUGUUACAUAACACCUUGGACAUCCUUCUAAAAGCAGCUCUAACCUGCUCUAUUCUAGAUCUAAUUUCGCCGCGACUUUCUGCGUUACAGUUUAAUUGCUGUCCAAGGCCAACGAUUUUAUCAACUUGCUGAAGUUUGGUAUUAUUUACAUAUAUAGACGAUUUUAUAUGGUGUUGUAUUUUGGUUUUUCGUAUGUUCAGAUCCAGACCUGCCUCCCUACAACUCUCAACGACACUAUCAAGAAUUGUUUGCAGAUCUUCUUGACUAGAAGUUAGGAGUUCUGUAUCGUCCGCAUAUCGCAAAUUAUUGAUGACUUCGCCAUUCACAAGUAUUCCUUCUUGUUUUUCAGAAAGUGUUUUUCUAAAAAUUAUUUCGGAGUUGAAAAGCAGGGGUGACAAGAGGCAUCCCUGCCAUACUCCUCUUUUAAUAUUGAGAGCCUGUGAUUCUACACCAUCUACCAAAACUGAUGUUGUUUGAUUCCAAUAUAAAUUUGCAAUUAUUCGAACAUCUCUACCGUCCAAGCCAAUGUCUUUUAGAGUUUCGCUCAAUAUAGAGUACUUAACACGAUCAAAUGCCUUUUGGAAGUCAAUAAAACAACAGUAUAUGUCUACAGAUAUAUCUCGACAUCUUUGAGCAAGUACGUUCCUUCCAAACAGUGCCUCUCUCGUUCCAAACCCGUUGCGGAAACCAAACUGAGUGGCAUCCAAGUAUUCCUCAUUUAUUGUAGAUACGACCAUGUAUUUCGUUGUUGUUCGCUAGUCGCCGUCGUUCCAUCAAAUCCAAUAUGUCAUCUGUCAUCCAAUCCUGCUUUUUUAGCUUUGACCUGGCUUUUAAAUUUCUCAUACAGAUUUAUUUUACUGUUGUUACGAUUUUAUUUAAGCCCUCAUCAACGUUUUCACCAAUAUUUUACCAAAUUAAAUUUUCGUUCAGUUGUCUUUGAACUGAUUCCUUUACUUUCUUGUCUUGUAAUUGGGCUGUAUCAAUAUUAUUGCGAGACUUCAUUUUGAUCACCUUUUUUAAUUUUAAUUGGGUUACAGCUACUAUGGGAUUGUGAUCGGACCCAAUGUCAGUACCUGGAUUAGUUUUAACUGAUUUAAUGCAGUUUCUAAACCGAUUUUUUAUAAGAAGGAAAUCGAUUUGGUUCCUAAUAAUUUUGUCCUCUGAUGUGUAGAGUGUAGAGUCUUCUCGGUGGUAGUUUAAAGUAAGUAUUCAAUAUAUUGUUGUAUAGAAGAUUUGGAGAACCUGACGUUGUAAAAUUCAUUAAGGUAGCACGCCUUAGAUGGAUAGGUCAUGUAAUCAGACGAGAGGAAGACGCCAUAGUCAGAAAAGCUUUUGACCGAAAAGGGCCGAUCGGACAACGAAGAAGAGGAAGACCGAGACUUACGUACCAAUACAACCUAGAAAAUGAUUUGAAGUCUAUCGGAAUUAGAGCAUGGAGAAGAGUCGCCAGAGAGAGGGGCGAAUGGAGGAUUGUUCUGAAGAAGGCUUUGGCUCAUAAAGAGCUGUAACGCCAAUGAUGAUGAUUCGAUAUAAUGAAAUCGUGAUAAAGGGGAUUGAAGACAUACGAUUAUACCUUUUUAGUUUAUUAUUAAAGAAAUAAGUAAUGUCUUUAAAUAAGUUUAAUGUGUUUCUUCCGAUAUCUGUUCCAACUGCAAUGAUAUUUUGAUCUUAUAAUAGAAAAGCUUAAGUCAAGCCAGAGGAUAGACAACAUUGAAUAUUACAAAUGAAACAUCAGUUUAUGGAAUGAAUAACAACUGAGUAAAAGUAGGGCGUAUUGAAGAAACUAUUAGUUAUUUAAAUAUUAGUAUUCGUCACAUAAAAUCACGCGAAAACUGACCUAGAUAUUUAAAACACUUAAUAAAGAAGCAGUUAAUUAUAUGAAGGGAACAAAAUUCGCGACUGCAUGAUAAAAGAUUCCUUGAGUGUCAAUAAUUUGGUCAUUUUUUAUUUUUGCUUAAAAUGACUAAUUUUUAUUGAUUUUUUUUUUUUUCGCCAUUUUUUUUUAUUCCUGUGGAAUAAAUUUGCGUUUUCUAGUGUCUUCUCGUGUUAAUAUCUCCUGUAUAAAAGCUAAAUAAUAUAAACCAAAUAUAAAAUCUGUUACACAACUGUCAUUAGAGAUUGAAAUAAGGCUUAAGCUUUUUAACUUGGCUACAAUAGUACCUAUUGAUAACAGGUUUUGUUUAAUAUCUCUACACUUAUGCCUGUAAACUGUAGAAUCUGUUCCUAUUGUCAGCAUUAUGUUACACAUUAACUGCCGAUAUCUGUUCUUUGUUAAAUAAUUGCCAGAAAAUUUCGUCUAAUCUGUAACGCCAUAAAUGCAAUGUAAAAAUUAAUCUUAGUAUACUUGUGAGUGCAGAAGGUGUGCUAUUGCCUUUUUAAAUAUGUGGCAUAGUUACAUUAUAUUAUCGUUAGAUGUAUUCCUAUCCAGACUUCGUUCCAACACAUUCCAACGACGAUGAGAAGAAUAAGACGCUUGUAAUUGAUAUUUACAUUUACAAAAAUGAUAUAAAUCAAUUCACAGCCAAAAAGAAGCGGGCAAACUGACCUUGGUCAGGUGAUGUUCACAAUUUCACGCGCUUGUAUUUGCUGUGAAUAUAUAUUUAGUAAUAAAAUAUAUACUUUUUAUCAAAACGGUCUUUUCUUGACAAUACAACACGCGCAAACCGUCAUAUUUUAAUAUUAUCUCAGCCGUCGCUUACCUCUUCGCCCCCUUCUAAUCAGACUGUAAUCCAGGUCUUGGAACGGGCUUUGGUUAAGAGUACGAUUAACACUAGCAUAAUGCAGGUGUGUUAUAACUAAAAAUAAAAAGAAUCCUACACUUACGGACACCUACGAUAUGUGUUAAGCACUGUUAAAAUGCUAUAGUUCUAUUAUAAGGAACAAAAAAGAUGAAUAUGCAAGAAAUUAAUAAUAUUGUUAUAAAUUACCAGAAGAUAAGUGUUAACUGUACUUCAUAGAGUCUAGAUUAUCCUAAUAAUACUUAGAUAAUAAUCAGUUUUAAGAUUUUCAAAGUGAAAAAUUCUACCAUUCGCAAGAUGUAGUAGACUGAUUAUUUUCCGAAAUGCAUUUUGCAUAUCAAAAAUAAAACGCCAAUAUGGCAAAAUAUUUUCGACGAAAGUUUGGUAAUAUUUCAGAUAAUAAAACGCACAACGAUUUGGAAUGGUUACUUGUGGAAAAUUCCAUAUCAAAUUAUUAUAUUUAUCAAUACUGAUCGAAUUCGAUAUAAUCAAUUAACUAUUUAAUUUUUUUUUGUUAUUGUUAAUAAAUAGAAAUAAAUAAAUCAAAUAGAAAAAUAAAGGAAAAACCAAGAUCAAUUUCACACAGAUUAUGCUGACAUUGACAUUUGACUUAAGAUAAGUAACGAUACUUUAUAAAAAAUCAAAUACUUAAGUAACAAUAUUUUUAUAUACCAUACAUAAACAAACAAUGAUGAGAUGCAAAAAUGAAAUAUUACCAAUUCGUCCUCUUAGGUUUUAACCGAAUUCAAUCUAAAGUAAUAACGUAACUAUUUAUUUAAUUAGUAUUACAACUUUAAAUUUAUGAAGCGAAUCAUAAAACAGUUAUAACCUAAGAAUAAUUACAAGAUCUCAAUAAAUGGCUAUGAAGCCGAAAAAAAAGUAAUAAUUUUGAUAUGUUGUGCUACACAUUGUUAAUCUGCAUUGUAUAUUACUUGAAAUAUUUUGUCUUCAAGAAAUAUUCCAGAUUCAAGCCAAUUCAUUAAACUUAAUAUAAUAGAAAGGAUAUUAUGAACUUCUGAAGAAAAGAUAAUAUAUUUGAACUGAUUUUACCAUUUUUUAUUUAUUUAAUUUUUUUAGUUCAUUCAAAAUAUUCAUUCUUCUAUAAAUGGUUUAAAUAUAUGAUAAAGUUUAUCUCUAACAGACCAUAAAGCUGUAACAUAUAAUAUAAUACAAUAAGUAUAAGGUGAAAAUCUAUUUGUGUUUCUGGAAUAUCUCGUGUAAACAAGUAUUUAAUUUAUGGUCUAAAUGUUGGACACAACCUGCCAAAGUAUGUUGUGGUCAAUAUGCAUCUUUUAAAAUAAUUUCUUUGUGCUUAAAUGUAAUUUUUUAAAGAAUAUAAAUAGCGGUUCUAAGACUA